CUCCCACUCCAACCAUGCCUCACAUUACACACUGUAUUUUUGACAUGGAUGGUCUCCUUUUGGAUACCGAACGUGUUUACACUGAGGUCACCCAACAGAUUCUCGACAAGUACGCUAAUGGCGUCAAGUUUACUUGGGAUGUCAAGAGUAAACUCAUGGGUCGUACUGGCGAAGAGUCUGCUGCGAUGGUUGUCGACACCUACAAGCUUCCUAUGAGCCCUGAAGAGUAUCUCAAAAUCUGCUCUGUUAUUCAAGACGAACUUUUUCCCCACGUUAAACCGCUGCCGGGUGUAGAACGAUUGAUUCAACAUUUGAAGCGUCACAAUAUUCCUAUGGCCGUGGCCACUUCGUCGUCUCGCGCUAAAUUUGAACAGAAAACAUCGCUGAACAAGGAAUUGUUUGCCUUGUUUGAUCAUAUCAUCUGUGGUGACGAUGCAGGCAUCGAACACGGCAAACCGGCCCCGGAUCUUUUCUUGGCCGCUCAACAACGUCUUGGUAACCCUCCCGCGGAUAACUGUUUGAUUUUCGAAGACGCUGUCAACGGCAUCGAAGCGGCCUUGAAUGCCAAAAUGCAUGUGGUUUGGAUCCCAGAUGAGAAUAUUUUGAACUUGCAAGGCAAAGAUACAGAUCAUGGUGCUACGCUCGUAUUGGAAUCCAUGGCUAAAUUUGAUCCCAGACAUUUCUCUCUCCCUGCAUUUGAUCCUGAAGGUCAUACAGAAACGAUCGAAACCUCCGAUAUUACCAAACAAUAAAAGAAAAGGACAAACCAUGUUAAAGAA